UCAGAACUCAGAGGAGCUGACAAGAGUCACCAAAAAGAUCUGAAGAAAUCUACUUCAACCAGUCCAACGGGCAAAGAUGAAGACAUUGAGUGUUGCUGUUGCAGUAGCCAUCGUGCUCACCUUCAUCUGUAUCCAGCACAGCUCUGCUGUCCCAACAGCUACGCAACAGGUGCAGGAAGUGGAGGAGCCAAUGAGCGUUGAAUUCCCACUUGCUGAGCAGGAGGAGACACCCGUGGACUCAUGGAAGAUGCCGUAUAACAUCAGAGAGAAGCGCGGCAUCAAGUGCAAGUUUUGCUGUGGCUGCUGCACCCCCGGGGUCUGUGGAUUGUGCUGCAGAUUCUGAGGAGUCCUUCCACAACAUUAUUAGAUGCUUAAAAUCUGUGAUUGUUGUUCAAGCUGUUUUUAAAUGUGCAUUUACAUCCACUAAUUUCCAUUUAAAAAUUGAAUUGUGAAGUGAAUUAUUACAAUAAACUUUAGUGUCACCAUA